AUGUCCGCGGAUGCUCCAUCCACGACACCUCUGAAGCGUCUUCCGAUGAUUGUAGACAUUGCAAUCGACAAUAAUGGGAAGCAGAUGUACCAGGUGCAUGAGACUUCUAAACUAGUCAGAAAGGAAAUGCCUAAGUCAACCAAGUUUUCCGACUCGUCCAUUGGUUCCUUUGAUAUGUGUGAUGAUGCUACUCCUCCCAUCGAGAAAAUCAUGGGCACUUUGCUGCCUUCGGAUUCUAAGCAAAAGAGCUCGUCCUCCGACACGUCGUUGCCUGAAAUUGGUAGAAGUGACGAGGGAGAAUAUGAUGAUCAAGACGGAACUUCGGACUCGUCGCAGUUCGGUUCGGGAGGCUCGGCUUCCGAUAAUAUCUGGAGUAAAGACGUCCAGAACGCGUUUGAAGAGGUACUUGCCAUCGUGCCAAAGAAUGGGUUGAACAAGAUAAAGAUUGGUGGAAGGUCUUGCGGCAGAAAUGAGUUGAUUUCAGACUACAUUUUGGCGAAAACCGGAAAGUUUCGGACCCGUAAACAAGUUUCCUCUCAUAUCCAAGUGAUCAAGAAUAUGGGUCUGAAAACGGGGCUCAUUCAACUCAUUAAUGAUGGUCCAACAUUUGCGUCUGUCGACGAGAUCGAGGAAAAUUCCAGACGUUUUGAAGAGAUCUUUUCCAAGAUUAAUCUCUCGAAGUCCCUUGGAAUGAACUCUAUGAUGUCUUCUUCGUCUUCAGCGUCCUCAAAAGUACCUAUUGGCCAAACAAGGCGCCAUUCGUCGGCCACUUUAGGUUCUGCCCCCAAAAGGAGAAAACUGCCAGAGUGCUUUGUUGGCGUCAGAAACAUUUGUUUUUCUAUCGAGAACCUGAUUAUGGGAUCCAGUCCUAUUUAUCUCUCGAUGCAAGAUGAUGCGCCACCCACAUCAUUGACUGUUAAGGAGAAUGCUGCUAUCUCCAACCGGUUCCCCGGACUAGAGGAGUUUGCUGAUACCAAUGUUCCGAUUAUUCACAACAUGGUGAGAAUUCACAGCCCACUACAACUUCCGAAUAACUUCAACAUUGAGACCGGCCUCAAAACCAGCUAUAUGUUAGACUUUGGCGCCCAAGUGGACCAGAUAUCCAGUUUUACCACCGUUUACUCGUUCGGGAAUGAAGUACUCAAGGUAAACGAAGAGGAUUUUCAAGUGAACGCUUAUCAACCAUUUUUGCUAAAAUUUUGGAAAUGUUUUUUCCUCCAACUCUUACACCAACCAGCUUCUUUAGACGCUGCCUUCAAAGGUAUAACCGUCAAACAGAUUAUUUACAACAGAAUGCCUGGCCCAGUACAUAUGGUUCCCAAGAAUAAGAUCAGAGCUGUCUUGAUCUGGGAAUUCGCUAAAGUGGACGAUUUUAAAUUAGCAAAGUCCUCUACGUCUCGGUUGUUCCUACCCCAGUCACUUGCGAAUAUUUCUCUGGGAGACAAUUCCGCCAGCUACUAUGCUCCUCUGGUCAAUAUUCCAGUGACUGCUCAGGUUGCAGAUCCAUUGGAGUACGAUCCCUUAUUUAAUAGAGAGGGGUCUGGAUCACAUUUUAGUGGUCAUGGAACGGAGCUCAGCUUUCACAACCAAAGCUUUGUCCCAAUGCAAGGAACCCAACAUCCUCCGGGGUUCCUGCAGUCGUACUCCCAUCCAUCAGCAAACGUGAACCUUGGGUCUGUUAGGGUCAAGGAAGAAAUUGACUAUGGCACACAGUUUUACUGA